AUGCCUUCCGCCAGCGAGGCGUUUACCCGCGACGAGGUCGCAAAACAUAACACAGAGGACUCCCUUUGGUGCAUCAUUGAUAGCGUGGUAUAUGAUUUAACAGACUUUGUCGAUGCGCACCCUGGCGGCGAAUAUGUCCUCCGUCAAGUCGCCGGCAGAGAUGCCACCACCGAAUUCUAUAAUCUUCACCGCCACGAAGUUCUCACUAAGUAUGCCCGCUUCGCCGUUGGCACUAUCGAAGGCGAAAAGCCAAAGGUCAUCACCCCCAAGGCUGGCGACUUGAGUCCCCUUCCAUACGGAGAGCCCACCUGGCUCUCGAAGCCCUUCCGGACUCCCUACUACACAGAGUCGCACCACCGUCUACAGAAAGCCAUGAGGAAAUUCGUUGACGAGGACCUCUACCCCGAGGCUCAGGAAUGCGAGGCGACCGGCCGCCACGUGUCCCAGGAGAUGAUUGAUCUGAUGGCGCGCAAGGGGAUCCUCCACAUGCGACUAGGCCCUGGCAAGCACCUUCACGGCGUCGACCUUCUCGGAGGUGUUGUCAAGGGUGAAGAGUUUGAUUAUUUCCACGACUUGAUUGUCAGCCAGGAGCUUGUGCGCGUCAACGCACGCGGCUUCCAGGACGGUAACAUGGCUGGCAUGACGAUUGGCUUGACAGCUGUCCUAAACUUCGCCAAGGAUCCCGUCUGGAAAAAGAAGAUUGCGGACGAGGUUUUCAGUGGCCGCAAGAAGGCGUGUCUCGCCAUUACUGAAGCUUUUGCUGGUUCUGAUGUGGCAGGUCUCAAAACCACUGCCGAGAAGACCCCUGAUGGCAAAUAUUAUAUUGUCAACGGAACGAAGAAGUGGAUCACAAACGGUGUCUUCUCAGAUUACUUCAUUACCGGUGUCAAUACUGGCAAAGGCCUCAGCGUUAUGCUGAUUGAACGAGGCGAGGGGGUCGAGACCAGAGCCAUCAAGACUUCCUACUCUCCGGCCGCAGGCACGGCCUACAUCACCUUUGACAACGUCAAAGUCCCUGUAGAGAACCUCCUAGGCGAGGAGAACAAGGGCAUUCAUGUAAUCCUCAGCAACUUCAACCACGAGCGAUGGACCAUGGUGUGUGCCACCGUGCGUGCUUGCCGCACCAUUACAGAGGAGACGAUGAAGUGGGCAAACCAGCGUCUUGUCUUUGGCAAGCGCCUGAUUGACCAACCAGUCAUUCGUCAAAAACUCGCAAAGAUGAUUGCCCUCGUUGAGGCUAACCAAUCCUGGUUGGAAACCAUUACCUACCAAAUGUGCCACAUGCCCUACUCCGAACAGGCCAAGCACCUCGCCGGUCCUAUCGGUCUUCUCAAGAUGAGCUCUACUCGUGCUGCUCACGAGAUUGCCGACGAGGCUGUUCAAAUUUGGGGUGGCCGUGCUUUGACGCAAACUGGUAUGGGUCGUUUCAUCGAGAUGUUUAACAGGACUUACAAGUUUGAUGCCAUUCUCGGCGGUGCGGAGGAAAUCCUGGGCGACCUCGGAGUAAGGCAAGCAAUGAAGGGAAUGCCAAAGGUCAUGUUAUAG